AUGAAUGGCACCAAAAGUGUGAGGAGCAUUCUGGCUGCCCUGCCCAUGAACAAGAAGCUGAACGGCACCGCCCCCGGGCAUGCCCCGGGCUUGGGGCCUCCUGUGUCGGGCCCUGUACCGGGCCCUGCACCGGGCCCUAUGCCCGCCAUCCCCGGGCUGCCGAUGCCCAGCUUCCCGGUGCUGGGCGCCCCGACGGGCCCCUGGGAGUCGCGCUCCUUUGACUGCCAGAAGCCCGUCCGCCCUGUGCUCUUCCCCGAGGCCCCCGAAAUGCUGCCCUUCCCCGUCGAGCUGCGGGAUCUUGUCGCCUGGACAGAUGCGUUUGUGGAGCGCCUGGGAUGGAUGGCCUUGAUGGCUCACGAGAAAACCGGAGGUUCGAGAGGCAUCGAGCCGGACUGGGAAAAAGAACGGACCGACCUGCUGGCGCAGAUCAGCGGGCUCACAUCCCAGGUUCAUACUCUCAAUGACAGCAACGCCUAUCUCAACGGGGAAUGCACCCGGCUGCAAUGGGAGCUGGACACGGCCAACAGCAAGCUGGAACAGGCCAAGAAGGAUUACAACGUUCUGGAGCAGGAGAACAAGAAGGUGACAGCGGACAAGACCCAGCUUCAGAUGGAGAAUGAGAAGCUACAGAAGGACGUGGAGGCGUGGCAUACCAGCUACCUCGCAAUGCUCGGCGAGCUGGGCGGGGAUCAGAAGAUCAUCGAGCAGCUGAAGGAACAGCUCGCGCAGGCGCUGCAGCAGAUCCAGCAGGAGCACGCGGCGCAGCAGGGUAUCUUUGACCAGCUCAAUGUGAAGAUCGCCGAGCUGGAGGCAAUCAUCAAGCAGCACGAGGACAAGAUCAAGGACGCCGACGCCGCCGCCAGAUCCGCCGAGGCCAUCACCGCCGCCGUGAGGGCCGAACUCCAGGUCGCCAUCGUGGAGCGCAACCAGGCCCGCGCCGAGGUCCAAGUCCUGCGCUCCCAGCUGGGCGGCCUGCGCUGGCAGCAGGCCCAGUCGGAGAGCAAGGUGGUCUUGCUGGAGCAGAAGAUCGUCUCCCUCACCGAGGUGAGCGAGAAGCUGAACCUCCAGCUCCAGGAGACCGACGCCAAACUCAAGGCCUCCUACGCCGACACCCUCAACGCCUACGACCACGCCCGCUACCACUGGACUGUCCUGCAGCAGGUUCGCGAGGCUGGUAGCUGGCUGCGUCGCCCGGGCGACCAUGACCGCUGUGAGGAUCCUUUCCCGGGCCCUGGCGCCCCCGUCACCGGCCCUGUUGGCGGCCCGCUUCCGGGGCUUCUCCCUAUCGGCGUCCCCGGGGAGCCCCCUAGCAUGCCCCCGACCGGCAGCCCUAGAACCGGGGGAGGUCUGUUUCCCAUGCCCAUGAUCCAGCCUGAGCCUACCGACCCGGCUCCUCGUGGCCUGCCACAUGUUCCUCUGCCUCCUUUAUCUGUUUUCAAUAAUCCUGCUCCUGUUGCUGCGGAAGAGCAAGUCAAGCCUGCCGAGCCUGUUCAGCCAGUUAACCCCGCUGAGCCGGUCCCUGCUCAGCCUGAGCCUGCUCCUGCUGAGAAACCCGCCGAGCCUGUCGAACAAUCCACAGAACCAACCGAACCAGCCAAGCCAAAUGAUCCUGUGAAUCCGGUCCCUGCUCCGGUCGAAAAGCCAACUGAAGACACCAAGCCAAAUGAAGAACCAGCUGAGCCAGCUGAGCCAGCCAAAACACCAGAACCAGUCAAUCAGCCUGCCCCCGAGGAUCUUCCCCCCCCUCAGAGUCCUGUAAGGUCUUCCCCUGACUCUGGCCGCCAGUCGCCCGACUUCUUCCGCGGUCCUGGGGGACCCGGACCUCACGGACCGAGAUUCAAUGGCCCAGGACCCCAUGGACCAGAAGGGUUCCACCAUGGACCGGGACCCCAUGGUCCAGGACCUCAUGGACCUCCAGGAUUCCCCCACGAUGGCCCCCAUGGUCCGCCUGGUUUCCACGGCCCGCAAUAG